AGAUCUUUUCCACGAUGAUGCCAACACGGUUUGCUCGUGCCCUUCCCAGGGCAGCCACAGCAGCGUCCCGCUCGGCGGGAGUGCUUCGCAAGCCCUUUGCUCCCGCCUACGCGCGGUUCCAAUCAACAGAUGAGAAGGUCACAGGUGCCGUCAUCGGCAUUGAUCUUGGCACAACCAACUCUGCUGUUGCCAUCAUGGAAGGAAAGACGCCCAGGAUUAUCGAAAACGCGGAAGGCGCCCGGACAACACCGUCAGUAGUUGCAUUCGCCGAAGAUGGUGAGCGGCUGGUUGGUGUUGCUGCCAAGCGUCAAGCCGUCGUCAACCCCGAGAACACACUCUUCGCCACGAAGCGGUUAAUCGGCCGGAAGUUCACCGAUCCUGAGGUGCAGAGAGAUCUCAAGGAGGUUCCUUACAAGAUUGUCCAGCACUCCAACGGCGAUGCCUGGGUUGAGGCCCGCGGCCAGAAGUACUCGCCUUCCCAAAUCGGCGGUUUCGUCCUCCAGAAGAUGAAGGAGACGGCCGAGGCCUACCUCAGCAAGCCCGUCAAGAACGCCGUUGUCACCGUUCCUGCUUAUUUCAACGACUCACAGCGUCAGGCUACCAAGGAUGCUGGUCAAAUUGCCGGUCUGAAUGUCCUCCGUGUUGUCAACGAGCCCACUGCUGCCGCCCUUGCCUACGGUCUGGAGAAGGAGGCCGACCGCGUUGUGGCCGUGUAUGACCUUGGCGGUGGUACCUUCGAUAUCUCUGUCCUAGAGAUUCAGAACGGCGUCUUCGAAGUCAAGUCUACCAACGGUGACACCCACCUUGGUGGUGAAGAUUUCGAUAUCCAUCUCGUGCGCCACAUUGUUCAGCAGUUCAAGAAGGAUUCUGGCAUCGAUCUCUCCGGUGAUCGCAUGGCCAUCCAGAGAAUCCGCGAGGCUGCUGAGAAGGCCAAGAUCGAGCUGUCUUCAUCUCUCCAGACGGACAUCAACCUGCCUUUCAUCACUGCUGAUGCUUCUGGGCCCAAGCACAUCAACCUGAAGCUCACCCGCGCUCAGCUCGAGUCCAUGGUUGAGCCUCUGAUUAAGAGGACGAUCGAGCCAGUCCGCAAGGCCUUGAAGGAUGCCAACCUUCAGGCCAAGGACAUCCAGGAGGUCAUCCUUGUUGGUGGUAUGACUCGCAUGCCCAAGGUCGGCGAGUCCGUAAAGAGCAUUUUCGGCCGCGAUCCCGCGAAGUCCGUAAACCCUGAUGAGGCUGUUGCCAUUGGUGCCGCCAUUCAGGGUGCUGUUCUUUCUGGCGAGGUUAAGGAUCUGCUUCUUCUCGAUGUCACGCCUCUAUCGCUUGGUAUCGAGACCCUCGGUGGUGUCUUCACCCGCCUGAUCAACCGCAACACCACCAUUCCCACUAAGAAGUCCCAAGUCUUCUCCACCGCGGCUGAUUUCCAGACUGCCGUCGAGAUCAAGGUCUACCAGGGUGAGCGUGAGCUCGUCAAGGACAACAAGCUUCUCGGCAACUUCCAGCUCGUCGGCAUUCCCCCGGCUCACCGCGGUGUCCCUCAAAUCGAGGUUACGUUCGAUAUUGAUGCCGACUCGAUCGUCCACGUCCACGCCAAGGACAAGGCCACCAACAAGGACCAGUCCAUCACGAUUGCGUCCGGCUCCGGUCUUUCCGAGUCCGAGAUCCAGCAGAUGGUUGAGGAGUCUGAGAAGUACGCCGAGCAGGACAAGGAACGCAAGGCCGUCAUCGAGUCUGCGAACCGCGCCGACAGCGUUGUGAACGACACCGAAAAGGCUCUCAACGAGUAUGCCGACAAGCUCGACAAGACCGAGGCUGAUCAGAUCCGCGAGAAGAUCACUUCCCUGCGGGAGUUUGUCGUCAAGUGCCAGUCCGGCGAGAGCACCGCGACGGCGGCCGAGAUCAAGGAGAAGACGGACGAGCUGCAGGUUGCCAGCUUGAACCUCUUCGACAAGAUGCACAAGGCGCGGGCCGAGUCCGGCGAGGCUAGCCAGAGCAGCGCUGAGGGCGAGAAGAAGGACGAGAACAAGGCCUAGACAGAUACUUGGCAUCCAUGACAUCUAUACCCCACUACAUUUCUUUCACUCACAUGUCUGACUAGGUUGGAGCGUUGGAGCGGCCCUCCAGUGUAUUCUUGUAUGUACUCGUAUAUUGUGGCUUGGAGGCUCAUGAGGCUUGUCUAGUGUUUAAUAUGCAGACGGCGGAUGGCGUUUUGAGCAUCAAAACUGCUGCUUUCAGGGGCAGCGUCAUCUUACGGUUUUCGAUGAUAAGAUGGGCAGGGAUGGGAUUGGGGGGCUGGAUAAAGCUGCAUGUGUAUCUGUGCAUACACCAACGCGAAAGCAAAUAUUAUCGGAAUCCCCCCUCAAUGUGUGUAUAUUAGUUUGGUGUUGGCGUGGCGUUGUGACAUUAGAUGGGAGAAGUCUUACCUGCCUUUCCCUCCUCUUGAAUGGGGCCAAAACCGAGAAUGCUACGUUCC